GCAAAGGUUAGCCAGUAUAUUUAUCCGGCUUGUGGACAACAUUAGUAUCUACUUAUACGGACGAUGAAGAUAUUUGUUCCAUUUUUCGCUUUAGUUGUGGCCGUGGUUUCGCAAGGUCACAGCGGUGAGCACCAUGGUCACGGUGGCGAUCACAAUGGUGGAAGCGUUCCAGAUUCCGGACAAGUUGAUACCGCCAUUGUCGACAUAGAGCUCCAUUACAACGAAAAAUUGUGCCUCGAAUUGCUUCUUGUAGAUUGUGCGACACACGUGACACAGGGGGACGAGAAAGUCUGCGGAAGUGACGGUGUUACUUACGAUAACCAUUGUAAAUUCACGCAUGCCGUGUGCGAGUUCAAACACUUCUCCCAUCAUCAUUUAAAACUUGCUAGCCACGGCGCAUGCCAAACACCAACAGCAGCACCUGCUUCGACAAUGCCACUUGUUUCAACAGUGCAACCUGCAACAGCGGCACCUGCUAUACAGACAGGGACAGGUUCUAUUGGCAUGACGGCAACCGUUGGUAUGACAACCACGACGGUGAUGAUGACAUCAACUACAGCAGCAACUACAGUGGACCCAAUUCACGCUAUCGUUCAGAACGUGUUCUGCCAGAACGCUGCAACUAUUUCUUGUGCUAAUGAUUUCCAAAUAAUUUGUGGAUCUGACGGACAGCUGUACCCUAACCAGUGCACGUUGUCGAAACAGAAAUGUGUCGACCCGACACUUACCGUGGCUGACAAGUCGGCGUGUCCAGAAUCAGGUCGAUAAGUCGAUGUACCUACGUCACAAUGAUUCAGUCUUAGUUUGUUAAACGUUUCUUUAUCUCUUAUAAAUAAGAAAAUCA